CGGCGCUGGCCUGGCGUGCGUCACGGCGCUGUGCCGGCGCGCGGGCGGCGCCUGCCGGUGACGCGGGAAGCGGCUGCCUCGGGGCUCGGCUGGGGCUGCAGCGCUGAGGUGGCGGUGGCAGCGCUCGGCGACCCAGCCCGUCAGGCCCGUGCGGGGAGCGCUGGGGCCGGCCCGCGCCCCGAGGCGGUGAGGGAGCUGUGCAGGAGCGGUCGCCGAGCUCCGCUGAGGGCGCAGAGGUGCUUUUGGCCUGGCUGUGUGGGUUGCGGUGAGGUUGAAACUACAAUACUUAGUCUUGUACCUGCAGCGAUGGGUAGAACUUACUUUGUGGAGGAAACUAUUGGGCAGUAUCUUUCAGACCUCAGCACAAAAUUGAAGCCUUAUGUCACUGGCCUGUUAAUAGGACAGUGUUCCCCCCAAAGAGACUACGUAAUUCGUGCAGUUCGAACGCCUCCAAAGGAAGAGCAGAAGGAAGACAUCAGUCCUUCAAAGCUGGCAUCUAUUGAUGAGGAAUGGAUAACCACACAUGCCAAUCAGGUUUCUAGAAUGCUUCCUGGAGGCUUAUUAGUUCUUGGUGUGUUUAUUAUUACAACUCCAGAACUGUCAAAAGAUAGUCAAAAUGCUUUGCGCAAGCUAAUCUUCUCUGUGGAAAAGUCCUUGAAUAAAAGAAGGCUCUGGAAAUCUGCUGAGGAGGAGGUCUGGGAUAGAGCAGCUCUUCAAGUUUGUUCUACUACAAAAAAAAUAGUUUGCCGAACCUAUGAUGUACAAGAUCCAAAGAGUUCAGCUAAACCAGCAGAUUGGAAAUAUCAGAGUGCUCUGUCUACUUCCUGGUUAGCUUUGGACUGCACAGUAAAUGUUAAUAUUCACAUUCCACUUCUUGCUACUUCCCCAAACCAUGACUUGGAGAAGAAUACCAAGAAUGGGUUAAAUCGGUGGUCAAAACAGAUAGAAGACAGUGUUUUUCUAAUCAAUGGACAAGUCAGAGAUGGUGAUACAGAGCUAUUGGAAGGGCAGAAAAAGUUAAGAGGAAAUACUCAGUCCAGCACUCAAUUUUCUGAUGUCAAAGUUCUGACACAGCUGUCCCAGGGUUCAAGUCAUCGAUCAACAGCUACAGUCCAGGUCUGCAGUGGUUCCAUAAAUCUCAAAGGUGCUGUGAAAUGCAAAGCCUACAUACAUAACAACAAGCCAAAAGUUAAAGAAGCUAUUCAGGCUUUGAAGAGAGACAUCAUAAACACAUUGAAUGAUCGCUGUGAAAUCCUAUUUGAAGAUCUCAUUAUAAAUGAAGGCCCUCACAAAAAAAAUCUUGAGAGGGAAUAUCAUGUCUUACCUCAAAGACUGUUUGUCCCUGUUGCUGGGUCCAGCGUGAUGCUCAGUGAUUAUAAGUUUGGUGAUGAGGCUGCUGGAGAGAUUCAGGAACGUUUUGUUGAGCUGUUGGAUCAAUCUGUGCAAGCUGAAGAUAUCCUCGUCGUGGAGGGAAUUAACACAGUUGAUAUUUGUCCGGUUACUGACAACACAGAUGACACACAACAGAAACAACUAACAAAAGCAACUUUGCUGUUGAAACUUCAACAAAAUAUGGGUGUGGUAAUAGCAGUUGCUGUGGCAGUCUUUGCAUCAAUCUUCUCUUUCAAUUACUUCAGUGAUUAAACUCAAGCAACUGGAGCUUCAUGAAAAUAUUGCCAGUAACAAGAUGGAAAUAUCUGGGUUUAAUAUAUUAGUAAUAAAGAAUUGUUGCCUAAAUAUUACCAGUUAGAUGUGCAAUAUAAACUGUAAUGAUAGGUUCGGUUACCUUGUUCCAGCAUGCACUUACUGUGUCAAGUAGAAUCAUGCGGUUACAGUAUCAAGUAGAAGGUGAUUAAAGUUUACAAGAAAUUAACCCUGCUACUCUGUGUAAACAAAUUAUAGUUUUUUUCUGGAAAAGUCUUUUAAACAAAUGUACAACCUUCAGUUUUCUUCCUAAUUGUUGUUUUCGUGCAAAAUGUUUGGUAGGCUAUUGAGAAGGCUCACAGAGUUACCUGAUAUGACAAUUUGUGCUUUAAGGUUGCUUUGCUAAGAGAAAUCUCAUCUUGUUAAAGUUAAUUGGAGUAACAAAAAAAAUAGAUUUAAUGAAGCCAGCAUUUCACCAUAUGCAUUGUUUUAGAUGAUAUGGGUUAAAUAGUGUAGUAGAUAUCCAAAUGGUUUCUAAUGUCUUCAAGAAUAGACCAAUUUAGUCUGUAAAUAUCUUAGUUCAAGACUUCAGAAAUCAAUAAAAUGCAGAGAACUUUUGAGAUGUGUGUGUGCCACUCAGAGAUUCUUGAUAAGGAUUUGUCUGUCUGGUUCUAAUUCAGUCAUCAUUCUCUUGGAAUAUUAACUAUUUCAGCAACACCUACAUCUAGGCAGCCCUUGGGGAUUAUCUUGUAGAUACACACGUGUUGUCAAAAUCGUUUGUUGGUCAGGAUUUUUGGACUAAAAGCAGUUAUCGUUCCAUAAUGUGGGAUUCCUCUGGUAUGUUAGGCUGUAACAUUUUUUACUUGUCACGAGGAGAGUGGAAGGAGGGAAGAAUUCUAAUAAAGUUAACAAAGGUAAUAUAUGAAAUGUGAUGCGUACUUGGAUCUGAGCUACAGUAGAAAGGAAUUCCAGAUUUUAGAGCAUUCUAGUACCAUUGCAUUUUUUUUUGUUUUGUUUUUUAUAAAGGCACAGGAAUACUAAGAAAAAAUAUAAACAAUUUGGUUCUAAAGCAUAUUCAAGGAUGUACUGGGAUACUUAGAAUAAAAGGCAACUAUGAGAAA